CCGAGGUGCCCUGGCGUCCGCAGCCUCUGACUAUCAGCGAAGAUGGGGAGUAAAGUAGCGGACCUGCUGUACUGGAAGGACACGCGGACUUCAGGAGCCGUCUUCACGGGCUUCAUGGUCUCCCUGCUCUGCCUCCUGCACUUUAGCAUCGUGUCCGUGGUCGCCCACGUGGCUCUGCUGCUGCUCUGCGGCACCAUCUCUCUCAGGGUUUACUGCAAAGUGCUGCAGGCCGUGCACCGGGGGGAUGGUGCCAACCCUUUCCAGGCCUACCUGGAUGUGGACUUGACCUUGACCCAGGAGCAGACAGAGCGGUUGUCCAAGCAGAUUGCCUCCCGAGUGGUCUCUGCAUUCACACAGCUGCGACAUUUCUUUCUAGUAGAAGACCUCGUGGACUCCCUUAAGUUGGCCUUCCUCUUCUACAUCUUGACCUUUGUGGGCGCCGUCUUCAAUGGUUUGACUCUUCUCAUUCUGGGAGUGAUCGGCUUAUUCACCUUCCCCCUGCUAUACCGGCAACACCAGGUCCAGAUCGACCAGUAUGUGGGGUUGGUGACAAAUCAGUUGAGCCACUUCAAAGCUAAGAUCCGAGCUAAGAUCCCAGGGACCGGAGCCCUUACCUCGGCAGCAGCUGCAGCCUCCGGAUCCAAAGCCAAAGCCGAAUGAGAGGGGUGUCUCUGCCCGUGGGACACCUGCCCCCACCCCAGCCGCCCUUUGUUCCCUUCCAUCUCCCUUCCAUAUCCACCUGUCUCCCCGCCUGGCCCAAGCCAUUUCCCUGUGGGUGUCAGAAUCACUCACACCAGGGGAGUUAGGGCAAAUAGCCUGAGCGGCCAGGACUACAUUUCCCAAGAGGCUCUGCUCUAAGAGUCCAGGAAAGAUGAGGCACCGUGGCCUCGGGGCCUACUAGGACUUGUAGUUGCCUAGACAGGGCGCUCGCCCUGCACUUCCACGACCCCGCCACUGGAGGCGCAGUGAAUGGUUAGUGUCUCUGGGACACCGCAAGUCCCAGCCCCCGGGCUUUGCAUGGGGCCCAGGGGAGACCUGAGCUUGGAUUUACACUGUAAUAAAGACUC